AUUUAAUUAAAGCCUCCUUAUUUCAAUAACCUUAAAAAAUCAGCUGCUUUAUGCAUACACUACACACAAAAAAAAUUUAAAAUUGGGUAAAUGAAAAUCAUUUUCAAAGUCGUUUUUAAUGUUAAUUAUAAACAGUAGGUACCUUAUAUUCUCCACUAUUUUACUGGGACUAUCCAGAAGAACAUUUUCCAUUUCUGCCAACAUGUCCCAAUACUCAGCUGUCUAUGUAACUACCCCAAAUGAAGAAGUUGCCAAAAAGAUCGCCCAUGGAUUGGUCCAAGGUAAACUGGCAGCCUGUGCCAACAUAAUACCAAAAAUAACUUCAAUAUACGAGUGGGAAAAUAAAAUCAACGAAGACUCAGAAGCUUUGAUGAUGAUCAAGACUCGUACAUCUAAAGUGGACGAGUUAACUGAUUUCGUAAAGGCCAAUCAUCCCUAUCAAGUUUGUGAAGUUAUAGCUGUGCCUAUUUUUAAAGGGAAUGAAGCUUAUUUGAAGUGGAUAGGCGAAGUUGUUCCAGAAAAAUAAAAUGUUUUUGUAUUUAUGUAUCAUUUAUCAAAUAAAAUAGUCUUUAAGCAAGAGUUU